UCGGGAUAUAUGAAUUCCCAAAGCGGAAAUCAUCAAAAAGCUUGCUAACGAUUCUCAUUUAAAUGCGGUCUGCAGAAAGUUUAAGGAGGAGAAAAACGCUCAAACAUCUGCCAUUCUUCUCCGGGCCUCCGUCACCCCCCUCAACGGACCUGGUUCGUCCGCAUCUUCAAUGGAGAUAGAAACGGGGCUUUCGGCGGACCCCAUCCGAAAAUGCAACCUGAUUGGCUCGUGCACUAUGGAAUAGAAUUCCAGUCUUCAUGUUUCGUGGAUACCUGUGGACUACUGCUGGUCAAAGGGACCCGCUGGUUGCUCCAGAAUCGCUUCCCAGACUUUUUACAAGACUAGCGGAAGUUUGCACAGCCAUGGCUUGGGAAUUACCAAUCAGCAGCUUGGCCUUUCAAGACACGGCUGGCAGGGAACUCUGUUCAAGACUCCGUCCCGUCACUACUGAGGAUUCAGGAUCAGGCGAUCGAUGGACCUCCACAUGCCGUUGCACUUUUAUCGAUCCUGAGUGCCUGUCUGGACUCUGGUUUUGGCUUUCUUCGAAUGCGUUUCCAGAGAUGAACCAUUAUUGGGCCGAUUGGGGAGUAGUCGUACUCUCUCAUGUCGAAGGCGCAGCAAUGGUUCAGUCACCACCAGAUUCAGAUAAACCGGAUGAUAAAUAUCAUUAUUUUGAUUUCAUCAUCAUUGACCAGCGACUGUGGUCAUAAGGUAUCACACUGCCUCAUUUGGCCAAGGACUGAUCAGCAGGAGGCGAUCAUCACCAGUCUGCCCAAUGUCGAAAGUUUAAUUAAACUGGGGGGUGUGGAUGGUCAAUCCAGAUUAACCUGUCUUCACGGCCGAAUUCUGGUCGCCUUGCCCACCGUAUCUACACUGCCACAUGGUCUGAUAGUGCAUCCA